ACAGUCUACGCAAAAUACACGCGCAAUUUUUGUUCCCGGACCGGCACCAGCAACUUGGCAGUGCAGGCUGGGCUUAAACGGGAAGAACUUUGUCCCCCUUUUUAAAAUAUAUAUGUACUAGUGACGGCAACACAAUGUCAGCUGCAGGGUUUUUUUGCUGCGGCGACUACUGCUGCUGCUGAUCUGAUGUUUCCGUGUUGUGGAGGGGCAGGAAAAGGGAGGACUCAGUCAGACAGGCUGCAGCUUGCUACAUUAGACUUUAUUUACAUACACAAAUCGCAAUGUGCAGACAGGGCUUGUCUCCUGCAGCCUCUGCUUGAGGCUUGCACGCCUGUGGAAGAACCCUCCUAGGCUGGAGAGCCCCGGGGUUGCACAGAAAGCCGAGCAAAAAGGGGUGGUAAGGCGAGGACGAGAUACAGGAUUAGCAAUGAGUUUGAACGCCCAGAGCAGCGCGUUGCUGAGGUCUUCGGGAGCUCGGCGGUGCUGGCUGCUAUGGAGGCGACAGCCGCAACUACAGCUGGGUCCUUUGGCGAGUCCCGCCCGGUCUUGCUUGGGUAGUGCUCGGCCCCGGCCCAUCGUCGACAUGUCCUACUCCCGCCACUUUAUGGAUUUCCAGGGCUCUGCCAUUCCCACCACCAUGAAGAAGCUGGUAGUGACUAAGCUGAGCUCAAACUUCCGAGAAGCUGUGAGCUUUCACCGCGAUGUGCCUGUGCCACUCCCGGGAGACGGCGAUCUGCUUGUUAGGAACAGAUUUGUCGGCAUUAAUGCAUCUGAUAUUAACUACUCAGCUGGUCGGUAUGACACUUCAGUUAAGCCCCCAUUUGAUGUAGGUUUUGAAGGAAUUGGUGAAGUUGUGGCCUUGGGUCUAAGUGCAAGUGCUACAUUCACAGUGGGCCAACCAGUGGCCUACCUGAGGCCUGGUGCUUUUGCUGAGUAUACAGUCGUGCCUGCUAAAGAAGCCAUCCCAGUACCAUCAGUGAAACCUGAGUUUCUGGCACUACUGGUAAGUGGAACUACAGCAUAUAUCAGUCUGAAGGAGCUUGGAGAAUUGUCUGAAGGGAAGACGGUUCUGGUGACAGCAGCGGCUGGAGGAACUGGCCAGUUUGCUGUGCAACUUUCAAAGAAGGCAAAAUGCCACGUAAUAGGAACUUGCUCCAGUGAUGAAAAAUCUGGCUUUCUGAAAUCCAUUGGCUGUGACCACCCUAUCAACCAUAAAACUGAAAAUGUUGCUGCUGUCCUUAGGAAGGACUACCCAAAAGGUGUGGAUGUAGUGUAUGAAUCUGUUGGUGGAAAUAUGUUUGACUUGGCUGUCAACUCCUUGGCUAUCAAAGGGCGUCUGAUAAUUAUUGGGUUUAUUUCUGGCUACCAAACCCAUACUGGCCUUCAGCCUGGUCAUGUUGACAUGCUGCCAGCAAAACUGCUAAGAAAAUCUGCCAGCAUCCGGGGUUUCUUCUUAUUCCAAUACCUUUCUGAAUACCAAAUGGCUAUGAAACACUUGGUCGAAAUGUGUGAAAACAGAGAUCUGGUUUGUGAGGUGGACCUUGGAGACAUGUCUCCAGAGGGCAAGUUCACUGGCUUAGAGUCAGUAUUCCGUGCUAUAGAUUAUAUGUACAUGGGAAAAAACAUUGGAAAAAUUGUAGUUGAAUUACCUCAUGUCAACAGUAAGCUGUAAAAACAGAACAAUGAUAUAAAUCAAAAGAGGGAAAAUGGAUACUUUAUGUUUCACAAUCACUAAAAUGGUUUAAUUUCUUUAAAGUUGGCAAUGGCUAACAUUAAAAAUAGCAUUUAUGCAUUAAUAAAACUUUGAUUUGUUUAAUUUAAGAGGUUUUGUAUUGUUUAAAACACAGCUUGUUAUUGGCAUUGCAUUAAACUAUUCUCCUGUA